AUGGCCCUUGUUAGUCUAAAGCAGAACCAGGGAGAACCUUUGAAAGAUUUUGUUUCGCGUUUCAAUAUGGAAUCUUUAAGCAUUGAGAACUUUGAUCACAGCAGUGCUACGAAGUACAUAAAUGCCGAAGAGGUUAUGCAAGCGAAGAGGGCGGAGCACGCAGAGAAGAGGGAGAAGAAGAAACACCCCGAAGAGAGGAAGAACGAGGACUGGAAGGAGAAGCAUCAUCCUCGGUGGGACUCGAGUGGGUUUACCCCUCUGAAUGUCCCGAGAGGGAAGAUCCUUGCCACUAUCGAAGGCUUGGAAAAUGGGAGCUUCGGUGGAUUCUCGUGGGAUCUGGGAAGUUCUUUGAAAAUCUUGUAUCGCCAAGCUUUCCUCAACAUGGGGUACCAAAUGGGACAACUAAAGCCAGCAAGGGUCCCUUUGGUGGGAUUUGACGAAGAGGGUGUAUAUUCAGAUGGGGUCAUCCAACUUCCGCUAGUUGUAGGCAAAGGCUCGCGAACCUCCCAAGUAAUGCUAGACAUCCUGGUAGCAGAUGUGCCCGUAGCCUAUAACAUGAUCCUCGGAAGAUCGGGCCUCAACGCCCUUCGGGCUAUUCCUAGCACAUAUCAUAUGAUGAUGAAGUUUCCUACGAUCAAUGGGAUAGGCGAGGUGCGGGGAGAUUUAUGCUCAGCCCGCGAAUGUUAUAUCGCCUCCAUAGGUAUGGCAAAGGAUGCGAGGGAAAAAGAAAUAGUGUUACGAGAAAAAGAAGCACCUCGAAGGGACUCUCGAGGGAAGAAGAAGGAGUAUCCCCCGAAGGAGGUCAGCUUCCUGUUGAAAGGGUUGGAGGAUUCAAAAACAACGGAGCCGGUGGACAGAUUGGAAGAGAUACCUCUGAAAGAGGAUUGCUCGGACCGGUGUAUAAGGAUGAGUGCGGAGUUAAAAGACCCGUUGAGGGGUUGGAUAUUGGCACUCCUUCGGCAAUAUGUGGAUAUUUUCGCAUGGACUGUCCAGGACAUGCCGGGAGUAGAUCCGGAACAAAAGAAGCGGAGCUUCGCCCCUGACAGGGUUCGGGCAAUUGAAGCAGAAGUUGCAAAGUUAGAGGAGGCACAAUAUAUUCGGGAAGUCAAUUACCCAGAAUGGUUAGCAAAUGUCGUAUUGGUGCCUAAAGGAGAGAGCAAGUGGAGGCUUUGCAUUGAUUUCACCGAUCUUAACAAAGCCUUCCCGAAGGAUAGUUAUCCUUUCUCGAGAAUUGAUGCCUUGAUUGAUGGUACUGCCGGAUGUUUAUUUAUGAGUUUCCUGGACGCUUUUCAAGGGUAUCACCAGAUCUCAUUACACCCGGAGGACCAAGAGAAGACGACAUUCAUCACCAAUAAGGCAACUUAUUGUUACAUAGUGAUGCCAUUUGGUUUGAAGAAUGCAGGAGCCACUUACCAGCGCUUGGUGAAUAAGUUUUUUCAACACCGGCUCGGGCGGAAUAUGGAAGCUUACGUAGAUGACAUGCUGGUGAAAAGGCUUGUUGCGGAGCAUCAUCCGAAAGAUUUGGAGGAGUGCUUUAAAACCCUUCAUAAGUUUUAUGUCAAACUUAAUCUUGUCAAAUGUGCUUUUGGUGUCUCUGUAGGGAAGUUUUUGUUUUACAUAGUGUACCACCGGGGGAUUGAGGUAAACCCGGCAAAGGUUAAAGCCAUUAUGGACAUGCUAGCUCUAAGAAAUGUCAAGGAAGUACAAAGCCUUACGGGAAGAAUGACAGUCUUGGGAAGAUUCCUCUCUCGCUUGGCAGAAAAAGGCCUUCCUUUCUACAAAGUCCUGUCAAAGGCAAAAAAUUUCAUAUGGAAUGUUGAAUGUCAGGAAGCUUUUGACAAGCUGAAGAAGCAUUUGGCCACGCCUCCGAUUCUUACGAAGCCACAGUCGGGAGAACCAUUAUACAUCUAUUUGGCGGUAGCCGAGGAAGCCGUGAGUUCGGUACUGGUGCAAGAGGAGGAUAAGAAACAGAGACCCGUUUAUUAUGCUAGUAAGCGGUUAACAGAAGCAGAGGUCUGGUACUCUCCCAUGGAGAAGCUAGCUUUUGCCUUGAUAAUCUUGGCAAGAAAGCUUCGGCCCUAUUUUCAAGCUCAUACGAUUAUUGUGCUUACUAACCAACCUUUGAGACAGGUUCUUAACAAGCCUGAGCUUUCAGGGAGGAUGUUGAAAUGGGCAAUGGAGCUUAUAGCUUUUGAUAUUGAGUACAAGCCUCGUCCGGCUAUUAAGGCUCAGGCAUUGUUAGACUUCAUUGCAGAAGGGAUAGGGUCCUCAGAAGCUUCAGAAGAGGACCAGAGGCCAUGGAUAUUGGUUGUAGAUGGGAGUUCAACUUUGGAAGGCGAUGGAGUAGGUUUGAUGAUCAAAAGUCCCGAUGGGCAGUUAUGGCCUUAUGCUUUUCAUUUUGAGUUCCAGGCAUCUAACAAUGAGGCAGAAUAUGAGGCUCUGUUGGCAGGGUUGAGAUUAGCCGAACAAUUGGGAGCUCGUCGAGUCGAGGUGAGUUCGGACUCUAACUUGGUAGUGCAGCAAGUAAAUGGGGAAUAUGAAGCUCGGGGAGCUCACAUGGCAAGAUACUUAGCCAUGGUCAGAGACUUAAUCGCACGGUUCCAGUAUGUAAAGGUGGAGUAUGUCCCUCGGGCCAUGAAUACAAAGGCAGAUCUAUUAUCUCGAAUUGCCUCUUCCUCUUUUCCUACAAGCUCUCGAGAAAUUCUGAUUGAGUCCCUUUCACAGAAGAGUAUUGAAGAAGUCAAUGAUCAACUAUGUGUAGAUGGAAAGCCUAGCUGGAUGGAUCAUUUGUUGUUAUACUUAAGAGAGGAGAAACUCCCCGAGGAUGAUGCGGAAGCUCGAGAAGUUAGAAGGAAGGCCCGAAGCUUUGUGUUGGUUAACGGGGAGCUUUAUCAGAGAUCAUUCUCGUAG